CCGACUCGGGAGCAGACGCUGACCCGCGCCGCGACGCGGGGUGGUUGAGUUGAUUUGGGAAGCUGCGGCUCGACAUUGCUGCGGCGGCUUGCUGCAUGCGGUGCGGGGGGGAUCGCCCGGGCAUGGUGGUGGAGAUGGAGGCGAACAUGGACGGGGUGAUCCAGUGGUUCGACCUCCGCCUCGACCGCGACGGCGGUGGCCGGGGGAGCGAUGCAAGUGGGAGUGAUCGGAGCCGGAGCGGCGGCGCCGGCGGCGGAGGAGGAGGAACGGAGGGGAAGGAGGAGGUCGGCGGAGGAGGGGGAGCGGUGAAGGAGCGGAUCGCGCGGGCGCUGAGGAUCUACAAGGAAGCGGCGGCGGGGGACGGCGGCGGCGCGCUGGUGCAGGUGUGGGCGCCGGCGCGGGACGGGGGCCGCCGCGUGCUGGCCACGCGGGGCCAGCCCUUCGUGCUGGCGCCGCCGCAGUGCCACCGCCUGUUCCAGUACCGGACCGUCUCGCUCACGCACGCCUUCCCCGUCGGCGGCGCCGGCGUGCCCGGGGAGCGCGGCCUGCCGGGCCGGGUGUUCGACGCCGGCGCGCCCGAGUGGACGCCCAACGUGCAGUACUACGGCACCGGCGAGUACGCGCGCAUCAGCUACGCGCUCAUCUACGACAUCCAGGCUGCCCUCGCGCUGCCCAUCCUCGACCCCGGCACGGGCUCCUGCGUCGCCGUCGUCGAGCUGGUCACCUCCUCGCCCAGGCUCCGCUUCGCCGCCGAGGUCGACAAGCUCUCCAAGGCCCUCCAGGCAGUGGCGUUGAGAGGUGCAGGGAUCUGCCGCCCUGCAGCCGAGGUUUCUGACGACGACGAGGCGGCUCAGCUGGCCAUGUCCGAGGUGUCAGACAUCUUGACCACCGUGGGUGAAGCUCACAGGCUGCCAUUGGCGCAGGCCUGGGUCAGAUGCAAGCGCUGCAACACCAGCACGGAGCACGCCGCCACCCUGACGGCCGCCGGCACCCCGUUCUACCUCGCCGGCGACGCAGACCAAAUCCUCAUCGGCUUCCGCGAGGCCUGCGUCGAGCACCACUUGCGUCCCGGCCGGGGCGGGCUCGUCGAGGAGGCGGCGGCGGCGCGAGGGCCCCGCUUCUGCGCCGACGUCACCAAGUACUCCAUGGACGCGUACCCGCUCGCGCACCACGCGCGCUUCUGCGGCCUCGCGGGCUGCCUCGCCGUGUGCGUGCAGCUGCGCCGCGGCGACGACGACGACGAUGCGUCCAUGGAUGACGGCAGCCGGGAACAGUGCGUGCUGGAGUUCUUUCUCCCGACGGACUGCAGAGACGGCGCGGCGCAGAAGGCGGCGGCGGACGCUGUCGCGGCCACGAUCACGGAACUCUUUGGCGAUGGCCACCUGAAGGCGAUCACUAUAAGCGGGUUGCAGGAUUUGGCUUUUGAGAUCGUUGCAGACGGCGAGUGCGUGCUACGGCAUGAUGGUGUCGUCAUGGCUGAUGCCCCUGAGCUUGAGCUGAACGAUCAUGGAGAGGAUGAGAGGGAUUCAGACGAGGAGGGUCUACAUCUGGCAACAGCUGUGGGUGCUGCAGACAUUGAAGCACCCAAGAUGAACGAUGGUGAUGAAAAUGGAGACAAGGAUCCAAGAUCACAAAUUGUUGAGGAGAAAAAGAAGGCAAAAAGAAAGGGUGAAAAAACUGUCAGCUUGGAGGUACUGCAUCGGUACUUCUCAGGGAGCCUGAAAGAUGCGGCGAGGAGCCUAGGCGUUUGUCCGACAACGAUGAAGCGCAUCUGCAGGCAGCACGACAUCUCCAGAUGGCCAUUCCGCAAGAUCGCCAAGGCUAACCGUUCCCUCGACAAGAUCAAGCGUGUCUUUGAAUCGGUGCCAGGCUCAACAAACCCCAUGACCGCUUCGACUGCGGCUGCUGCUGUUUCUCACCAAGCUCCAGCUGCGGCUACUGCUCGCGGUGGCCCUGCCCUGCCAUGCCUAUCAAGUGCUCUGAGAGUGACCUCCUCCCAAGGCUCAUGCCAAGCUCCACCUCCUCCCAGGGACGCAGCUCUGCGCACGCCCUUGCGCGGCGUGGACGCCGGCGUGGUGACGGUCAAGGCCAGCUACAGAGGGGACAUCGUCAGGUUCAGGGUGCCAAGCUCUGCAGGCGUGGCGACGGUGAAGGGGGAGGUGGCCAAGAGGCUGGGGCUGGAGGCCAGCGAGUUCGACGUCAAGUACCUGGACGAUGACAACGAGUGGGUGCUCUUGUCCUGCGACGCUGACUUCCAGGAGUGCCUCGAGGUCGUUCCAGCGGUGUCAGGAGCGGCGGCGUCGUCCGGCUCCGCAUUGGCUCAGCCGGUGGUCAGGCUGAUGGUUCAGGAGGCACCGGAAAACCAUGGGAGCUCCUGUGGCAGUUCAGAGUAGUCACUGAAAGUAGAGACUUGGCCCUUGGGGCUUAACCAAUGUUCCUUACAAGCGUUUGUAGAGCUUUCAGCCUUUCACGGAUCAGUGUCACUACUGGACCUCACGAAAAUUCAAGCCAAAAGUUGGAGCAUAUCACACUGUUGCAGAUGGUAUAGCACAAAAAGAACUAGUCAGUGUGAUCUAGUAGUACGUGUAACAGUAAAGAACAUACUGAUGCAGCUGGAGGUAUGCAUUUCACAAAAUACUGAUUUCUGUGAGAGCGUGAGGCAACCGAACGGUAGCUGAACAUAUUACUAGUGAAAGGAGGUAGCUUCGGCAUAGUUUCAGAUUUGAUAGAAGAGGGAAAUAUGCUACUCCACAACAAGAAUAUUGUUCUGUGUCACUCCACUCCCUUGCCAGCGAUGGGCCGAUGGGGUAUUCAGGUGACAAUCUCCGGUCCCCAUCAACCAAUAACUUGAUCUUGAUCUCAUACCUUCAGGGGGCAUACAAUCAGUUUACUUACCAAGAAAUGAACGCAUGGAAAGAACAACGGGGACGAAGCUCGCCCACCUGAACCUGAAUACUCCAUACACAGAGCCUCAACCUGGGACAGUAUACUCCAAUCUGAUAGUACUACUGAAGUAGAAGAUACUGCAUGCAGGAGCAGAAUUUCCGAAAUAACCAGCCAGGGAAGAAGCUUUGCAACAAAAUAUCUGACACGCUCUGAGGAAGUGACAGCUAUUCUUCCCACUGUGCUUUCUUACUUCCCUCCGAUGUUAGUAGUACAUAAACAAGGGAAUGUAAAGAGGCAUACAAGAAGGGGGAAAUCGAAAUGUUCAAAAAGAAUGAAAAUAUUCUUGAAAGACCAA